AUGGCUGCUGGUAAUGUUCAUGCAUUAAGUAGAGGAAAUGAAGGUAAUAGAAGCAGAAGCAGUAUGAGCCCAGAAGAAGACGAUUUACCACCUAUGCCAUGGUUUGGUAUGGAUAUUGGUGGUACAUUAACCAAAUUAGUCUAUUUUGAACCAACAGACAUUUCUGAUAUAGAAGAAGCAGAAGAAGUCGAAACUUUAAAGACCAUACGUAAAUAUCUAACAGGAAAUGUAGCUUAUGGCAGCACAGGUAUUCGCGAUGUACAUUUAGAAAUGGUGGACCAAUCUAUUGGUGGACGUCAGGGAACAUUACAUUUUAUACGAUUUCCAACUAGUAAUAUGAUGACUUUUAUAGAAAUGGCCAAAUCUAAAAACUUUUCCAGUCUGGCUAGUGCAAUCUGUGCUACAGGGGGAGGAGCCUAUAAAUUUGAAGCAGACUUUAAGAGGGAAGUGAAUCUAGAUCUACAUAAAUACGAUGAACUAGAAUGUUUAUUAAAAGGUAUCCAUUAUAUAGAUAGACAUAAUAUACGCAGUGAAUGUUAUUACUGGAAAAAUCCUCAACACCUGCAACUCUGUGAGAAAGUUCCAUUCGAUUUCCGAAAUCCAUAUCCAUAUUUGGUGGUUAAUAUAGGAUCUGGUGUGAGUAUAUUAGCAGUUAGAUCACCAACAGAUUAUAGACGUGUGAGUGGUACAAGUUUGGGAGGUGGUACAUUUGUUGGUUUAUGUUGUCUGCUAACUGGUUGUCAGACGUUUGAAGAAGCUAUAGAAUUAGCAUCAGAAGGUAACAGUACUAAUAUUGAUAAAUCUGUUGGUGAUAUUUAUGGUGGUGACUAUGAUAAAUUUAAUCUAAAAGGUUCUACUGUUGCUAGUAGUUUUGGACAGAUGAUUUCACCAGAAAAAUGUCAAACAGCUAAUAAAUGUGAUUUAGCUAGAGCUACAUUGAUUACUAUCACUAAUAAUAUUGGUUCUAUAGCUAGAAUGUGUGCUGUUACAGAGAAAAUUGAACGAGUGGUAUUUGUUGGUAAUUUUCUACGUGUUAAUACUAUUUCUAUGAAGUUACUAGCGUAUGCUAUGGAUUAUUGGUCAGGAGGAGCACUGAAGGCUUUAUUUCUGGAACAUGAGGGAUAUUUUGGUGCUACAGGAUGUUUGAUGGAAUAUUUACGUUUGGGUCAUCCUCAUAUCAUAUCGCCUGAUAGUUCUUCAAGACCUUCCAGCAAUUUACAUCAAGUCAAACACCAAUCAACACCAACUGCUACUGAAACACAAACUUUCACAUCACAAAAUUGUCACCAAAACAGUGAAGGUCAAGGUCAACUCAAUAGUGAACAUUAUCAGUCAGUCAACAAAAGUGAACAUAUUAAAAAAGGGAGCAAUAAUGAUCAUGAAGAUAAUCAAAAUCAUAACAAGUAUAACAAUCAUAACAAUGAAAAUGGUGAAGUGGAUAACAAUCAAAGCAAUAGUGAAAAGGAUAGCGGGGACCAUAUUCAAAAUGGUGGACACAAUGUCAUUCAAGAAAGGGAACAAGAUUCAUCUCACAAGGUCCAAAAUAGUGACAUCACAGACAAUUUAUCACAGAAAAAUCAUAGUAUGCUCAAAUCACGUAUCACAACAAAUGCCAAAUAUAUUGAUCAUUUCAUAUCAUAG